AAUGCAACAAUACAAUCAAUCUAAUGAUUUGAUGAAAAAUAAUAGAAGACAUACUGGUGAAAAGCCAUAUUAUUGUAAUGAAUGUGGUAAAAGCUUCAAUCGUUCAAGUGAUUUGAAGAGACACAAUAAAAUACAUACUGGUGAAAAGCCAUAUUCUUGUGAAGUAUGUGGUAAGAGCUUCAAUCAAUCAGGUACGUUGAAGAUACACAAUAGAAUACACACUGGUGAAAAACCAUAUUCUUGUAAUGAAUGUGGUAAGAGCUUCAAUAAAUCAGCUGAUAUGAAGAUACACAAAAGGCUUCACACUGGUGAAAAGCCAUAUUCUUGUAAAGUAUGUGGUAAGAGUUUCAAUCAAUUAGGUAUGUUCAAGAUUCACUAUAGAAUACACACUGGUGAAAAACCAUAUUCUUGUAAUGAAUGUGGUAAGAGCUUCAAUCAAUCAGCUGAUUUAAAGAUACACAAAAGGCUUCACACUGGUGAAAAGCCCUAUUCUUGUAAAGAAUGUGCUAAGAGCUUCAGUCAAUUAGGUGCAUUGAAGAGACACAAUUUAUUACAUACUGGUGAAAAGCCAUAUUCUUGUAAAGUAUGUGGUAAGAGCUUCAAUCAAUCAGGUGCGUUGAAGAUACACAAUAGAAUACACACUGGUGAAAAGCCAUAUUCUUGUGAUAAAUGUGGUAAGAGCUACAAAAAAUCAGGUGCGUUGAAGAGACACAAUAAAAAACACACUGGUGAAAAGCCAUAUACCUGUAAAGUAUGUGGUAAGAGCUUCAAUCAAUCAAGAGAUUUGAAGAUACAUAAUAGAUUUCAUACUGGUGAAAAGCCAUAUUCUUGUAAAGUAUGUGGUAAGAGCUUCAACCAAUCAGGUACAUUGAAGAUACACAAUAGAAUACACACUGGGGAAAAACCAUACUCUUGUAAAGUAUGUGGUAAGAGCUUCAAUGGAUCAAGUCCGUUGAAUACACACAAUAAGAUACAUACUGGUGAAAAGCCAUAUUUUUGUAAAGUAUGUGGUAAGAGCUUCAAUCAAUCAGGUGCAUUGAACAAACACAAUAGAAUACACUCUGGUGAAAAGCCAUAUUCUUGUAAUGAAUGUGGUAAGAGCUUCAAUUGUUCAAGUGGAUUGAAGGUACACAGUAGAAUACACACUGGUGAAAAGCCAUAUACUUGUGAUGAAUGUGGUAAGAGCUUCAAUAGUUCAAGUGCAUUGAAGAGACACAAUGGAAUACACACUGGUGUAAAAGCUAUUAUCUUGUAAUGAUGUGGUAAGAGCUUCGAUCAUUCAAGAGAUUUGAAGAUACAUAAUGGAUUUUAUACUGGUGAAAAGCCAUAUUCUUGUGAUGAAUGUGAAAAUGAAUGUGGUAAGAGCUUCAAUCACUGAUUGAUUGAAGCUCUUACCACAUUGAAGAGACACAAAAGAGUACACACUGGUGAAAAGCAUGCUUUUCGCGUGAUGCAAAGUGCGAUGAAUAUUGUAACAGCUUCAAACAAUCAGGUGAGGAUAUGUUCUGUUUCGUCGAAAAUUGCUGUAUUUUAAUAAGUUUAAUUUAAAUUUUAUGUCUAUAUUCAACUUUAAAUUGUUAUUAAAUUUUAUAUUAUAUUAGUAAUUUAGUUAAUAUUUAGUAAUAAUAAGUAUGUAAUAGUUAAUAAUUGUCACAGCAGCAACUGUGAAUGUUGUGUACAUCUGAUAUUGUUACUCGCAUCAGUAAUGUAAUUUCCUAGAUAGUGUUGUAUAAUUGUUAUAUGUGUGUACUGUUGAUGUAUCAUUAAGAAUAAAUAAAUAAACUUGCAUAUCGACGGUGGAAAAGCAAAAUUUACUAAGCGACAUGAAGGUAACUUUACAGGAGAGCAAAAAGAAAUUCGUGAUUUCAGAAAAUACUUGAUGAAAAAAUAUCAGUUUAUUGGAUUAACUUGAUUCCAACGACAUAUAAAUACUAAUAAGACCUUUUAUUAUCUUCAUUGAACAGAUGUACAUAGUGUUUUGUUAUAAACGAGUUAGUGUCGCUUAGUAAAUUUUGAACAAAAAUGAGAAACCGGAAAAAAUUACCAACCGACAAUAAACAAAUGAUUAAAAGCAGGGAAUAAAUCGUUUAUACUUC